CCGGAAAAUUACCACCAUCGAAAUGUAUAAAGGACUGAUACUUGUGACUGUCCUCUGCCUAACGACCUGCAGCCUGGCAGCUCCUGCUCCAGAUCCUUCACCAGAACCAGCUCCUGCUCCCGCUCCGUCACCCAGCAUUGGACUUGGCAUAGGUCAUGGCUACGGUGGAUAUGGCCUGGGAUUGGGUCUAGGAAUCGGGCACUAUGGAGGUCACUAUGGCGGCCAUUACGGUGGACACUUUGGAGGACUGGGAUUAGGCUACCAUGCACCCAUCAUCUCCAAGACGAUCAUCGGCGGUGGCUAUGGUUACGGCCUGGGGCAUGGAUAUCUGGGAGGCUACGGACAUGGACUCUAUGGAGGACAUGGCUUGGGAUACGGACUGGGUUACGGCUAUGGCCAUGGCUGGUAGAGAUUCAGUUCUGCCAGGUCAAGUGAAGUCAAGCCAAGUGGAGCCAAGGCGAGCGUGCAACAUGUGAGAGUUUUCAAUCGAGUCAUUUACUUCGCAGUACCCAAAACAUAACGAUAGCCUUAAUCAGUCAAUCACUCAGCAAGUCAAU